AUACGGAAGUUACAUCUGCGCAGACACGGAAGGUGACCGUGUUUUUUUUGCGAUUAGUUUCAUCCUCAACGAAGCGUAUGCUAACAAAAUGCAAACCGUGGAAAAAGCACACGAAACGCGCGAAGUAGAUUUGUCUGCGGCCCCAAGAGGCGUAUGGCUUGUAAAGGUUCCUAAGUAUCUGUCAGAAAGAUGGCAGAAGGCGCGGAGCAGCGAAGUGGGCAAGCUCCGGAUCACAAGACCGGCAAACCCUGGUCCAAAGCCAGAUGUCAUGUUCUCGCCUCACGAGUCCAUGCUGAAAGUUUCGAACCUGGACAAGCACAGGCCAAAAGAUCAUAAGUUUGUUCUAGCUGGGGUUGGUGUUCAAAAUCUGGUGGUCAUGUCACAGACGCCUAUAUUUGCUAAAGAUGGGAAUGGCGCCACCAAAGAAAAGGUUGCAGCUUCAUGGAUUGAGAGAUUGGUGGAUUGUAAACAAUUGGUGGCUUGGUGUUAUGCAUGCAAUGUCAAUGUGUGUUCCAGAGAGGGUUGCAGUAGAAGGGUUGCAAGGUGCUGCAGCGCUAUGGAGUGUCGACCUGUGGCUGAUGACAUCUAUAACAAACUCAAGAGACGUCACUGGGAGAUCCAGAACAAACCCAAGAGAGAGGUGAUCCAGCUGAGUGGAGUUGUCCAGUCCUACAAACCACGGAGUGCCUUUGCCACGCUGGAUGGGGACAAACGCAAGAAGGAGGAAAGCAAGAGGUCAAGGUUAGACCGCGAGAAGGUGCAGGACAUGCUGUUCAAUGCCUUCGAGAAACAUCAGUACUACAAUGUCAAGGACCUGGUCAAGAUCACCAACCAGCCUGUGCCGUACCUGAAGGAGAUCCUGAAAGAGAUCUGCACGUACAACAUGAAGGCUCCGCAUCGCAACAUGUGGGAGCUGAAACCAGAGUAUCGACAUUACAAGGAACAGAACGACUCCUAGCACCAGCUCCCGGACAUUGUCCGUAUUUAUUGAGUGACCCUUGGAUAUCCCAGGGGAAAACAGGCACAGCGCCAGACUUAUUCCAUAGGUACAAUAGGAGUUGCAAUCUCUGGUCACACCUGGCCUGUGGGUACUUCAGAGUGGUGCCUUCUGUCCAUGACAGAUGAGUACAUAAGGGUGCCGUCUCUACCCAUGCUUGUCCCGUGGGUACAUGAGGGGUGCCAUCUCUACCCAUGCUUGUCAGGUGGGUACAUCGGGAUGCCAUCUCUACCCAUGCUUGUCCCA